CCCCGCUGUGUACAUUCCCUAAGCUGAACACCUUUUAAAGCUAAAUACUGUCACUGCAUAUUCACCGCACCCUCACCACUGUCAUCUGCCAGGAUCAGAUUGUGGCUGUUGGCAGCGGCAUAAAGCAGGUACCUGUGUGUUCCCAGGUAGUCACAUCAGCAAUAUGAAGAAGCCCAAGGAAAUACCUGCUGUUCCCAUAACAACUGUGUCACACACCUCCGUUCUUACAGUUUAACCAAAGCUCACACUUUGGAAUUUGACCCCAGAAAUCUAUCAAGUGGAGGAAUUUUACAAACACUUUUUCAUGCCAACAAUCUCCAUUCCUUUUUCGCUUGUGGUUGCUACAGAGUGGGGACUGGGCACAAAGAAGGUGCAGUCUCCAGCAGAGCAACACCAACCAAGCUGAGCACGUCCGGCAUUGGCCAUACUGGGCAGUGAGAGCAGUGGAAUUAUGGAAACCAGCACCCAGAGCCCACCCCAAACCACCCCUGGAAUGGAAGCCUUCCCCAGGAAAUCCCUUGAAACCGUAGACAUUGUUGUUUUGGUCCUGUAUUUUGUGUUUGUCCUGGGAGUUGGUUUAUGGUCUAUCUGUCGCACAAAGAGGGGCACGGUGAAAGGGUACUUCCUGGCGGGAAAAGACAUGGCGUGGUGGCCUGUUGGAGCCUCUUUGUUUGCCAGUAACGUGGGGAGCGGCCAUUUCAUUGGCUUGGCCGGCUCUGGAGCAGCAUCGGGUAUCGCUGUCACUGCCUAUGAAUGGAAUGGUCUGUUCUGCGUGCUUGCCUUGGCUUGGCUGUUCCUGCCGAUCUACAUAUCUGCUGGGGUCACCACGAUGCCUGAGUACCUGCAGCGUCGAUUUGGAGGGAAAAGGAUCCAGAUCUUCCUGGCCAUCUUGUAUCUGUUUAUCUACAUAUUCACGAAAAUAUCUGUUGACAUGUACGCUGGGGCGCUCUUCAUCCAACAAGCUUUGCAAUGGGAUCUCUAUGUGGCAGUGAUAGGAUUACUAGUAAUUACUGCCAUUUAUACUGUAGCUGGUGGGUUGGCGGCAGUGAUCUAUACAGACACGCUGCAGACAGUGAUAAUGAUUAUCGGAGCACUCAUCCUCAUGGCUUAUAGUUUUAUUGAGAUUGGAGGUUUUGAGGCUUUGCAGGAGAAGUAUUUCCAAGCCAUCCCCAAUACUCACUCAGGGAAUAGCACAUGUGGGAUUCCCAGAGAGGAUGCAUUUCAUAUAUUUAGGGAUCCGGUCACUUCCGAUCUUCCUUGGCCUGGAGUGCUGGUGGGAAUGACCAUACCAUCUCUUUGGUACUGGUGUACUGACCAGGUCAUUGUUCAGAGAUCCCUCUCAGCCAAGAACCUCUCUCACGCCAAGGGAGGAUCCCUGCUAGCUGCGAGUCUCAAAGUCCUGCCCCUCUUUAUGAUGGUACUGCCAGGAAUGAUCAGCCGAGUUCUGUUCACGGAUCAGGUGGCAUGUGCAGAUCCAGAGCUGUGUAAGGAAAUAUGCGGAAACCCAUCAGGGUGUUCGGAUAUUGCCUACCCCAAGAUGGUGAUUGAGCUGCUGCCAACAGGAUUAAGAGGUCUUAUGAUGUCAGUUAUGAUUGCUGCUCUCAUGUCCUCACUGACUUCCAUUUUUAAUAGUGCCAGCACCAUCUUCACUAUGGAUCUCUGGCGCCACAUCCGACCACGCUCUACAGAAUGGGAGCUCAUGAUUGUAGGAAGGGUUUUUGUCCUAGCGUUGGUGGUUGUGUCCAUUUUGUGGAUCCCGCUUGUUCAGGCCAGUCAAGGUGGGCAACUCUUUAUUUACAUCCAGUCCAUCAGUUCCUACCUUCAACCUCCCGUGGCUGUGGUAUUUAUAGCGGGCUGCUUCUGGAAGCGCACAAAUGAAAAGGGUGCCUUCUGGGGAAUGACCAUUGGCCUGGCUGUUGGCCUGAUUCGAAUGGUGCUGGACUUUAUUUAUGUAGCCCCACAGUGUGACCAACCUGACACUCGGCCAGGGGUUGUGAAAUAUGUUCACUAUUUGUACCUGUCUAUGAUCCUUGGGUUACUUACGCUUAUAGUGGUGGUAGCAGUAAGCAUCUGGACUGAGCCACCUUCCAAACAGAUGAUCAGUCGUCUCACCUGGUUCUCGCGUUUUGACACAGAAGUUGUAGGUCCAGUGGAGACAACAGACAACAGCCCUGCUCAAAAUGGCAUCAGUGUCAUGGAGGACAUCUCAGAAAAACCUCAUGCAACAUCCACAGAUGCCAUUUACAAUGAUAUAAUAGAUGAUAACCCUUCUUCCUCUUCCUGUCUGAAGAAAACCAUACUCUGGUUAUGUGGGAUGGACAGCAGGAAAGGAGACAAACAUGACCAGGCACCUCCUUCUACAUUAGAACCAGCUGAAGUGUUGCUGUAUGAAGGUCCCUGUUUAAAACAGAUUCUAAACACCAGCCUCAUCCUCUGCAUGAGCGCAGGAGUCUUUCUUUGGGCUUAUUUUGGCUAGAAAUACCUAGGGAAUGCUCCAGGGAACGGUCACUUCAGGGACAAAAUGCACUGCGUGCCAUGACUACAAACUAGAAUCGGAAGGAUGAGUUGAGAGAUAAAGAAUCAGUCACAGUAAAGGCCUUCUGAACUGCAGACGCUGGCAUUAAUGACUUUCCUUAUAAUGAAGAUCUAUGGAAGUGUCUACUCCAUUCAGUGCUAUGAGGAGUUUGCCUCAAUGAUGAUGAAUGACUUCACUUGCUCUAUAAAAGCUGCUCACACAAGCGCCACCAAUCCCUAAAAACAUUUGUUACCGGUGAAGAUCAAACAGCGAUGUUUCAAUGCAAACCUCUGUCCAUGUAUGGGUCUUGGGAAAAUACAGUCUUUUCUUUGAGAUCUUUUUUAUAACAGAUAAAACUGCUUAUAAAACUUCUAA